AUGCCGAUAGCUCUUAUUACCGGAAUUGCUUUAGGGAUUGGAUUCUUCUUCCUUAAUCUUCGAGGCGAGGCAUAUUCAUAUUAUCGAUAUGCCACUAGCUCAGGAAAGACAGACACGCACACCUCCUUUAAUGAAUUGCCAUUACCUGCCUUUCUAUCUUGGCUACCAUGCCCGUCGAGCUCGCCGGGAGAGACUGGGAGUGCUUUCGAGAACAAGAACACAUGCACCGGGAAUUCAUCUGCAGAGCUUAUUCU